GAGAUCGAUCAAACAGGCACGCAGUGCAGACUACAGAGUGCAGGCAUUGAUCCAGUGGCAGUGCUGGGAUAUUGUACCAUCAUAGAAAUGGAGCAUCUCAGAGAUCAUGGUGCGGGCUGCUUGCUGCUGAUCAUGGUGCUGCUGUGCCUGGGCGGCGCGGCUCGGGGACAGCUGAGCGACGACUUCUACGACGACAGCUGCCCGAAGCUGGACAGCAUCGUCCAGGCGCGCGUGGCCGCCGCGAUGAAGGCCGAGAUACGGAUGGGCGCCUCCCUGCUUAGGCUCCACUUCCACGACUGCUUCGUCAACGGGUGUGACGGGUCGAUCCUGCUGGACGGGGCGGAGAGCGAGAAGCUGGCGGCGCCGAACCUCAACUCGGUGAGGGGGUACGAGGUCAUCGACGCCAUCAAGGCCGACCUCGAGAAGGCCUGCCCGGGGCUCGUCUCCUGCGCCGACGUCGUCGCUCUCGCGGCUAAAUACGGCGUACUCCUUAGCGGAGGGCCUGACUACGAUGUUCUUCUGGGGAGAAGGGACGGCCUGGUGGCGAACCAGACCUUGGCCAACAACAACCUGCCUAGCCCGUUCGACAACAUCACCGUAAUCAUACAGAGGUUCAAGGACGUCGGCCUUAACACAACCGACGUGGUCAUAUUAUCAGGAGCCCACACGAUCGGGCGGUCGCGGUGCGUGCUCUUCAGCAGCCGGCUGGCCAACUUCUCGGCGACCAACUCGGUGGACCCGACGCUGGACCCGGCGCUGGCGUCCAGCCUGCAGCAGCUGUGCCGGGGCGGCGACGGCAACCAGACCGCCGCUCUGGACGCCGGCUCCGCCGACGCCUUCGACAACCACUACUUCAAGAACCUGCUGGCCAAGAAGGGCCUCCUCUCCUCCGACCAGGGCCUCGUCUCCAGCCCCGACGGCGCCGCCGCCACCAAGGCCCUCGUGCAGACCUACAGCUACAACAGCCAGCGCUUCCUCUGCGACUUCGGCGACGCCAUGGUCAGGAUGGGCAACAUCGCCCCCCUCACCGGCUCCGCCGGCCAGAUACGCAAGAAAUGCAGCGCCGUCAACUGAGCCGGCCGGUGCAGCAAAUCUGCAUCUAGCUAGCCGGCGAAGAUGCUGCAUGCACCCGGGCUUGGCGCAUGCCCCAUCUCGCGUACGUACGUUGUCAAGACUCAUAUCGUGCGUGCUGGAUGUGUGCGUGUACGUUGGUGUGAAAGUUGUCCUCUCGUGUGAUAUAUGUACCGUUUCGUCGGGUUCAAGCUAGCCUAGGAUUCUCCAGCGUAACAGGCUGAUCCUCUGAAACCUGCAGUUGCAUCGCAGUGGGACAGCACAUAUCGAUUCACGGGUGAGUGGUAGAACCUAUCAGGGCAAAAUGAAUAAUGGAAUCUAUAACGGCAUGAAGUCUGCAUCGUACCCUA